GGUGCAUAGCUAAGAAUACAUCCUGCCAUUGUCCUGCUACUUCCCAUCCAGUUCUAUGUUUGUACGCUCACGUUCUGCGAUGGCGACUGCUGCUUUUCUCUGUUCUGAAUAUUUGUAUUGCCCGGUCUGCCUGGACCUGUUCCGAGAGCCUGUCACCAUCCCCUGUGGGCACACUUUCUGCUUGGCAUGUAUUACUCAAUGCUGGUCUCUACAGGGAAUGCCUACCUCCUGCCCCCAGUGUCGUUCCACCUUUCGACCAGACUCUUCACCACGACUCUGCAAGAACAGUAUUCUGUCACAAAUGGUAGAAGACUUCUCAAACUUUCAAGAAUCAAGUGAGGGGAUGACAGCUCUCAGCAACCAAGCCAAGACUGUGGGAAUGCCAUUUGAAGAUCUCUGUCAUCAAAACUUGCCUGACGGAAGCCUUGAAAGCAAAACUAGUAACAAAUUUGAUUUACCACCUAUAUGCAGAAAUAGCCAGGAAGCCAUCAGUGUUCAGGUUUCAUAUGCCAAACAGCGCAGAGUAGUAAGCCAGGGGUUCUCAGACAUGGCGCGAAGCCUGCAGGCCUCAGGGUUCCGGCUACUGCAGAUGCUGGAACAGGCAGAAAGCCAAGUGCUGAAGAAUGUAAACAGCCAUGAACUGGUGGAAGGGCUUACCAUGACAGCAAUGCAGUCUGCCCAGGUUGUUCCAGAUCAGCAGCAGGACCAGCAUGUGACAGCGGAGGAAGAAACCUCCAUUCAGGAUCACAAGUGGUCAGGACUAUAUGCAGCUGUCUCGAAAUUUAAGGAGUGUUUACUGGAAUUAUGUGCUGAUCAUAUGGGUAGGCUGGUACAGCAAGUGUGGACCACACAUAGCAGCUGUCCCAUAUUACAACCUAAAUUAUGGAGAAGCCCACUGCUGCCGUUGAUCCCACGUGUAAGAGACGAGUUUCUCCAGUAUUACCGUGAUAUCAGCCUGGACCCAGACACUGCCCAUCAUAACUUGUGUCUUAUGCAAGGGAAUCGCAGAGUGCUAUGCAAGCUUCAACCUCAGGCUUACCCAGAACACCCAGGAAGGUUUAAUCAUUACACCCAAGUGCUGGGUAGGGAACCAAUGGCCCAUGGGCGUCACUACUGGGAAGUAUGCCUGUCUGGAAAUCGUGUGAAUUUGGGUGUUACCUACCAUGAUAUCUCCCGCAAAGGGCACCAGAGCUACUGUUUAGCAGGAAGAAACUCACAGUCUUGGUGCUUAGAGUGGAACAGUACCCGCUGUUAUGCCUGGCAUGAUGGUCAAAGAGUUUUGGUAGCCACAGGACAGCAGGAGAAACUAGGUAUCUUUCUAGACUGGGAUGCAGGAAGUCUUUCUUUCCAUGAGGUAUCAGACAAUAUGUUACUACUUCAUCAGUUUCAUGCUUCCUUCAUCCAGCCUGUGUACCCCAUCUUUUUCAUCAGCUGGAACUCAAUCAUGUCCCUUGGAGAAGGAACAUCAACUCAUCACAGUGUCAACAGCAACCGCUUCCACAGGCAACUAUCUGCAAACUUUUGACCAAAAGUUUGAUCCUUUGUGAACUUUAAACCAUUAACUCUUGGGCUACUCUUUUGCAAUCUACAUCUUAACUUUACAUCUUUAUCUAAAUAAUUAUAUUGUGAACAUUCACCUUUUUGCCACUGUUUAAUAUACUUUUACUAACUUUGAUGAAAUUGUACAGAACUCAACACAUGAGGGUAACACAUAAUACAGUUUUAGUAUAAAUAUAAAAGUGUACUUUAUUUUCCUCAUACAAAUCAGAUUGUAACAUCUGUCAUAACUGUAUGAUUCUGACAAUUUAUCUGUGAUAUCAAAUCUACGUUUGCAUGGAUUGAUCUUAUGACUUUUUGAUACAAUCCUUUGAAUGUAUGAUUGCAUGGUGAAACUCUGUGUGGUGUAAUGAUGACGUCACACAAUCUUAAACCAAAUAAUUUGACAGAAACGUCACCAGCUGUUACCAUAGAAUCAUUGGUUCUUUAUGACUGCUAUUUGCUGUAGAAUAUGGUUCAGUGCAAUUUAUCACUGUCUCAUGUCAAGACCGCUUCUUUGAUAAGCCGCUGUUUUGGCAUAGGCUAAAACAGUAGCAAUGAAAGUUAAAUUUCAAAACUUAGUUACUACCUUAAUAAAUAAAGAUGUUAUAUAGAA